AUGUCACUCAGUAAGAAUCUUAUACCUUCGGAUGAUGCCCAAACUGUUCGAGCAACAGGCAAAGGAGUCAUCGAAAUUGAUCUCCUUCCACCUAAGGUUGUUAAAAACUGUAGAUUUCUAUACGUUUCUUAUAAUUCAAUUUCAAAUCUUCAAAAUAUCACACAAUUUCGAUUUAUGCAAUCUCUUAUGAUUGAGUACAACUUGAUCGAAACUAUUGAAGCAUUGUAUCCUCUUGCACAACUUACAAAAUUACGCACAAUACGUUUAGAAGGAAACCCUGUCUGUUUCCUUCCAUUAUGGGAACUUCAGUUAAUUAAAAUUUGUCCGCAAAUUGUAUAUAUAAACGGAAUGGACGUUAAUACAAUACUUAAAUCGAAAGAAUCUCGUAUUAAGCUUGAUUACCUUGAACUAGAGCGCAAUUUUAUACAAGUCAUCUAUCUAGCAGAAUAUGUAUGCAGAUCUAUCGAAAUUGUUCUCCAACAUCCUGAAAUGUCGUUUACAGAUUCAAAUAAUUUAGUUGACCUUCCACCAGAAGAAGAAUUCUCUCAGCAAGUAAGAAAGAGAUGCAGAAAUGCUCGUCCUAACCAAUACAUGAGCCAAUUAAAAGGAAUAAUUAUCGAAACUCACAAGCGCGUACAAGAAUUAUCAAAUUCCUGCCCAGCAAUACCGAAAACAUCAAUCAGACAACACAGAAAAGUACUUGCUACAGCCUCACAGAAAAAUUCUGUUCUUCAAUUUACAGAAGCAGUUGAUCCACUUUCUUCAGCUGCUCUCUUCUUGGUUGGUAUCGGAGAUGGUGUACAAUUGAGUCCUGAUGAUUGUAUGAGCGUUACUUCUCAAAUGAGUCGCAAAUCAAUUGUAUCAACUGCAUCAACAGCUUCUACAUCAUCUAGAGCACGUUCUGUACUUAAAGGAGUGAAGAAAGUCAAUGAUGCUCAAAAGAGAAGACCAUCAGGAAGCACAGCGAACUCUCAAAUCAAAGAUGAAGAAAAUAUUAAUAAUAAUCCAAACGGAGAGUUCGAAGUUGACAUGAAUAACACAUAUAAUGAUGAUAAUAUGCAACAUUCAGAUGAUGAUUAUGAUGAAAACGAUCAGAAAUUAAAUAAAAAUCAAAAUGAAGGAGAAGAAGAGGAAUUUAACGAAGAUAAUAUCAAUAAGCAUAAUAGUGACAUAAAUAGCAAUACAAACCAACAAAAUUCCAAAAAUAAUAAAGAAAAUAUUGAGAUGAAUCAAAAUGAAGAGGAAGAUAACCUUGAUUCGGUUGAUGAGAAUGAUCAAGAUAAGAACCAUGGUAAUCGAAACGGAAUUAAUGAAGAAGAAGAAAAUGAUGAUGAAAAUACCAACAAAGAUAAUGAAAAUCUUGAAGAAGAAGAGGACUAUGAUGAUGAAGUAGAUGAUAUCAAUGGUUUCCAGCAAAAGAAUGAUGUUAAUUCUAAAAAUUCUGGAUCAACCGGCAAAAAUUCUCAAAAUGAAGAUGGAAAACUUCAAUCCAAUGCUAAAAACUAUGGAAAGAAUGGACUUUCAGAUGAAAAUGAUGAAGACAGAGAUCAAUCAAAUAAUUUAUCUCAGAAAAACAAAUUAAACGGAAACCAAACUGCAGGAAAUGGUAAGAAUUCCGGAAAGAAUAGUUAUUCUGAUGAAAAUGAUGAAGAAAAAGAAAAUUCAUUUGAUAAUCUUCAGAAAAAUGGAUUAAAUGGAAACAAAUCUGCAACCAAUGGUAAGAAUGGCUCCAAUGGACAAGGAUCUGAUGAAAAUCAGUCAGAUUACAACAAUUCAGAAAAUGAUCCAAAUCAAAGCCUUGAAAAAGAAGGAAAACUUGAUAAAAACGGUCAAACUAAUUCGAAUGAAUACAACAGUGAUGAUAAUUUAUUAAAAGGAGCACAUUCAAAACAAAAUCAAAAUGAAGAGGAAGAAGAUAAUUUAUCAGGUGAAGAAAAUGAUCAAAACAUUGGCAAUAAGAGGAAAUCUCACUAUUUCGAUGAAGAAGAAGACCUUUACAAUGAUAAUCCAAAUUAUUCCAAAGAAGAUGAGAUAAAUUUGGAUUCAAACGAUCAUCCAAAGUCCAGUUUCCAUUCAUUUGAGUUAGAAGAACUCAGAGCGCAACAAGAAGCUGAAGAAAACGAUUACGAAGAAGAAGAUUUCAAUUUCGAAGAAGUUGAACCACCGAAAUACGACGGAUCCAAGCGAAACAUCCGUAAAUACGUUGAUAGUGCUGAACAAGUCACGAUGCCACUGUUAACUUUGUUCACACAAACCCCAUCAAACAUUUACAACUCGAGAGCCAGCCAAAUUUCACAACCAACGGAUAACAUGGCAUCACAGACAAAUACAACACCUCUUAAGGCAUCAGAUAUCAGACAAAUUGCUUCUGUUUCUGAUGAUGACGAUAAUGACAAAUUAUUUGAAAUUGAUGACGAAAUUGACAACGAAGAAAUGAAAGAUAACGAUGAGGAAAUACAGAAAUACAACGAUCUAAAGAAUGACGCAUUAAGAUUGAUCCAAAUGUCUGAAGAAGAAGAAACAAAUCAAAAUAUAAAUGAUUUACAAAAAGUGACACAAAAUUCUGAGGAAGAAGAAACAAAUCCAAAAUCAAAGAAAUAUAAUAAAUUUAAUCAAAACUCUGAUGAAGAAAUACCAAAAUCUAACAAAUUUAAUGUAUAUAUGAAUAUGUUUGAAGAAGAAGAUGAAUUAAAUCCAAAAUCAAAGAAUUAUAAGAACAUUUCUCAAAAACAAAAGAAUUUGUCUGAAGAAGAUGAUGAAUUAAAUCCAAAAUCAAAGAAUUAUAAGAACAUUUCUCAAAAACAAAAGAAUUUGUCUGAAGAAGACGAUGAAUUAAAUCCAAAAUCAAAGAAUUAUAAGGACAUUUCUCAAAAACAAAAGAAUUUGUCUGAAGAAGACGAUGAAUUAAAUCCAAAAUCAAAGAAUUAUAAGAACAUUUCUCAAAAACAAAAGAAUUUGUCUGAAGAAGAUGAUGAAUUAAAUCCAAAAUCAAAGAAUUAUAAGAACAUUUCUCAAAAACAAAAGAAUUUGUCUGAAGAAGAUGAUGAAUUAAAUCCAAAAUCAAAGAAAUUCAAUGGUUUACAAAAAGUGACACAAAAUUCUGAGGAAGAAGAAACAAAUCCAAAAUCAAAGAAAUAUAAUAAAUUUAAUCAAAACUCUGAUGAAGAAAUACCAAAAUCUAACAAAUUUAAUGUAUAUAUGAAUAUGUUUGAAGAAGAAGAUGAAUUAAAUCCAAAAUCAAAGAAUUAUAAGAACAUUUCUCAAAAACAAAAGAAUUUGUCUGAAGAAGAUGAUGAAUUAAAUCCAAAAUCAAAGAAUUAUAAGAACAUUUCUCAAAAACAAAAGAAUUUGUCUGAAGAAGACGAUGAAUUAAAUCCAAAAUCAAAGAAUUAUAAGGACAUUUCUCAAAAACAAAAGAAUUUGUCUGAAGAAGACGAUGAAUUAAAUCCAAAAUCAAAGAAUUAUAAGAACAUUUCUCAAAAACAAAAGAAUUUGUCUGAAGAAGAUGAUGAAUUAAAUCCAAAAUCAAAGAAUUAUAAGAACAUUUCUCAAAAACAAAAGAAUUUGUCUGAAGAAGAUGAUGAAUUAAAUCCAAAAUCAAAGAAAUUCAAUGGUUUACAAAAAGUGACACAAAAUUCAGAGAAAGAAAAACCGAAAUCAAAGAAAUAUAAUAAAUUAUCUGAAGAAGAAGAUAAUGUUAAUCCAAAAUCCAAAUCAAAGAUCGAACAACAAAAUGAAGAAGAUAUUAAUUCUAUUUCACCACAAAGUAGUCAAAUCAAAGAAGAAAAUGAACAAAAGAACACUCCAGAAAACAAAUCAGGAAAGAAAGUUGUUUUGAGUGAUGUUUCUCCUCAAUUUAGACCAAGUUUUGCUGUUGGAAGAUCAAAGAACAAGAAAGAUAUUCCUAAAGUUAAUUUCGAUUCCGAUGAUUUGAACAACAACAAACAACUUGAAAACGAAAAAUCUCUUCAAACAAGUGAAUUCAAGAACAAUGAAGAGAACUCUCCAAAUGAAAGCGAUAUUUUGUUCAACGCGAAAGGAAACAAAGCUUCUCCACAUACAAGUGAUAUUUUGUUCAAUGAUGAUAUCGAAACUAAAGAAAAUAACAAUGAAAUUGAAGAUGUCCAGAUAAAUAAUGUCAUUGAUUCUUUGACACCUUUGAAUUCUGAUGUUUUGAGACAGAUUGAACACUUAGAUCCAGCAUCGAAUUCAUCAAAUGAUGGAGAUAAAAAGAAAGAUUUAAGUGUUGUUGAACUCGCUAAAACAAUUGAACAAAAAGAAUUAACAGACAGCGAAACAAAAAUGAGUAGUAAUUCAUUUGAUGGAACUGAUGAAGACAACAAAUUAUUACAAGAAUUCGCUUCAACAGAACCAUUAAUGAAUUCUGCAGCAAGAUUUGGAGAACCAUCAUCUCCAAGUUCUAUAAAGAAAGACAUGAAUAAACCUGAAACAAACAUCUCAUUAAAGAGUAAGAAGAAAGUCAACAUAGAAAAAGUUGACCAAAAAACUAAAAAUGACGACGAAAAAAUGGCUUUGUCAGAUAUCAGAAAUGUUACUGAUGGAAGUAAUUUCGAUGCUUCUCUUGGUACAUCGGAUAAUGGAAGAAGACGUCCAAAGAGUAUUCUCAAGACAAGUAGUACUUCGCCUAUUAAUAAAGAGAAUACAAAAAGAAUCACUUUUGUUCCUCAAAAUACAUCAGAAACUAUGUCAGGUGAAAAUUACAGUGGCGUUGAACCUGUUUUGAUUUUGAGAAAUGUUGUGAAAAACUAUGAUUUAAUGGACAAAUUCUUCUCGAAAUGGAAAGGUGAAUACAAGAAGAGAACACAGCAGAUGUCUAGUGUUAUUUCUGAUAUACAAACACAGGCACAUUCUGCUAUCAUUGAGGAAAGAAAAUCAAAGACAAUUUCUAUUAUGCCAAUAAAUUCAAUUCAAUCGAAUUUCGACACCAUCAAACAAAUUGCAAUUAAACAUGAAUUGAUUAGAAAGAUCGAUGUUCAAAGAGACAUCAACGAAAAAUUACGAGAAAGAUAUGAACAGGCAAAGAGAGAACUGGCUGCAAGACAAUCAUCAAAGCCAAUUCCUCAAUCGCCAAUGUUCAACAGAUCUUCUGCAAAACAAACAAGAGUUGAUGAUGAUGUCAUUAAUUUCGCAAUGUCUACAAGAGCUUCUGUGAGACAAUCAACAAAUACAAGAGUUAGAACUUCUUUGACAACAUCUGGAAAUCCUCAAGGAAGAAUUACACAUAUGGAUAUCUUGAGACUCCAGAUGGGUAUGUAA